ACUACACAUAGCAAAUUAAACUUCUCCUCACGAAAUAAUUUUUUACGUUAGAUGUUUUUUUCUGAGAAAAAAUCUUUAGCACGGGAAUAUCUAACGUAUGUUAGGUCGUAUAAAUGGGAAAAAAAAAAAACUAAACAACUUUCUUCCAGGAGUACACGGGAAGUGCAGAUUUUCGCUACAAAAUUUGGGGAAAUUUGGAACCAAUACGAUGCAAGAACAUUCUGCCAGAAUACAUGCCAAUGAUACUAGUCGCAAUGAUUAUCAAUCUCUCGAUGAUGGAGACGAAGACUGGUCAAGCAAAUGUUCGAGAUGUUUUCAAAUUUUUAAAUCCUUAAGGAUAGAGCCGGUAAUGUUUUUAUUCAUGUUCUCUUUCAUCUUAAAUUCAACAUGCCUGACAAAUAUGAUAAUGGAGAAAGGUUGUCUGUAUUACCUGAACUAUUCCAAGGAAAUAUGCAGCAACCUCAGUUACUACAAGGACCAAAGAGAUUCGGUGGAAAUAUUGGCCAACAACUACAAUCUGUAUCUGGACAUGCUGGCUCCUAUAGGUGCUACAGUUGUGAUCUUUCUUGCUCCUUGGAGUGACAAAUAUGGACGGAAACCACCUCUAAUUUUGGCAUUGUUUGGGUUCUUCGUGAACGAUGUAGGGAUAAUUUUGUGCACUAUUUACUUCUACUCUGCGUUAGAGUACAUCAUACUUUCCAGUUUGGCAACUCAGCUAACGGGAGGCUUCAUAGCCGUCAUGACUGUCAUUUACAGCCAUUCUUCAGAAGUAUCAUCGGCAGCAUCCAGAUCCCAAAAGUACACUUAUCUUCAGAUUGCGUUUGGAAUUGCAGUGACUUUAGGUGCUUUGGCAGGAGGGCAGUUGUACCGGUAUUAUGGCUACACGGUCGUGUAUUCAACUAUGGCGUCUGGUCAUCUCAUGGCUAUAUUGUGGGUUAUUAUCUUCGUGCCGGAAACAGCUGGACUGGACAGUAAUGUCUCUUUUUGGCACAAAAUGAGAGAUCUUUGUUCCAGUCAGAACUUCACGAGUGGGUUUAAGUCGACCCUUAAGCAUCGCGACAACAAUGGCAGAACUCGUUUAUGGUUUCUUUUGUUAUCAAGCUGCACGGUUGCUAUAACGUACGAAGUGUUUACGAAUAUUAAUUAUGUAUAUGCUCAUCAUAUGUACGGUUGGGAUCCUGCUAUAUAUUCCGAAAUGUGGACCAUCUUCAGCUUUUCGGAAAUGAUUGUUGUACUGGGAUGUACUUCCCUCUUUAUUCAAGUUUUCAAGCUCACAGAUCCUGUCCUAGGAAUUAUAGGCAGUGUAUCUAUCAUAGGAAAAAAUAUCUUCAUAGCUCUGGCGUAUGAGCUCUGGCUGUAUUAUUUAAGCAAUAUAUUUGGAUUUUUAAAUGGAUUGGCUAAUUUAGCUGUAAGAUCUCUGAUUUCGAAACUCGUCGAUAAAGAAGAACUUGGACGUGUGUUUUCUUUCUUGGCAACAUGUGAAGCUAUCGUUCCUUUGAUGGCGAGUGGCAUUAUCGCCAAAGUCUUCAAUGCUACUAUCAGGACAUUCCCUGGAGCUUGUUUUCUAGUAGCUACCGUUUUUCUGAUGCUACCUCUCGGAACUUUUGUGUGGCAACUGAAGUACCGUGUUCCUCGGGAAGAUUCUGCCUUGAAAGAAGCUUGAAUUAUUCUCUUCAGCAAAAGCAGUGUUCGAGGAAUAUCUAAAAAAUCGUAUCGCAAUAUUUCCUUUGUUCUGGCGAAAACAUUCCUAUCAAAAGAAUGAUUAAAAUUUACAUAUCAGCCUAUUGCUUAUACAAGAUAUAACAUUUAACAUGUGUUAUUUAUUAACUCCCAACAAUUCUUCUAUUUUUCUUACAAUUUUUUGGUUUACAUUUGAAAAACAGAUAAAAGUGCAAUUUGAGGUAUCGUAUAUUUUGAUAAUUUUUAAACAGUGAAAUUAAAUUAUUGCUUACCUAGUAAACCUUGAUCUUUUUUUAAAAAACAAAGAUGUUUUAAGAAAAAUGUAUGUAAUAAAGAUACAAUUAUCAUGUUAGUUUUGUAUAUCAGAAUGUGUGCAAUGAGACGCAUAGUGUACUUUUUUUGGCCCGAAGUAUUACUUUCUGAUGUGAUAUAUUAAAGAAUCUUAAAUGAGAAAUUCUCGUGAGUAAAUGGAGCUAAAGGACAGAAGAACCUAAAAGAGUCUGGGCCUAAUCAUAUGGUUCUAUUUCUCUGUAAUACCUCGCAUUUUGAUAUAUUUUUAUAUAUUUGUUUACAUUACAGUAUUAGAUUUUCAACUUCAUUGUAUGUAUGUAACAGUACUAUGAAAAUAACAUUCCUUUACAUGUGGAUAUGUGUAUUUUUAGCUUAUUUUGAAAAUCCUUGAUAUUGUGUAUUCUAUUUUAUACUUUUAUUCAUGUUGGUGUUUUAUAUAUAGCCAUUAAAAUUACUUUGUAUACAUUUUUGUUUUACAUCACAAUAAAAGAUCCAAGAACUA